GCGGUGGCAAUGGCAAUAGUUUUCUGCAAAGAUUGUGGUUAUAUUAUUAGGUCCGCUUCAUCUUACUUGGUUUAAUAUUAAUGCAGUGAACUUCUAUAACCUUAAUUUCGUUUGCUUAUCCGUGUAUUUUGUGCUCCAAAUUAUAGCCUAUAACUUAUAGAAUCCCCAAAUGUUAAUGCUAGUAGGCUAAGGUAUACAUGGAUCUUACUUGAAAAACAAAACUUCUAACAAGGAUCAGUUAUGAAUUCACUCACGCUCACCUGCAGUAAUCAGUAAAAUUUCAAGACAAAGAAAUAAUAAUUAUAUAAAAAUGGACUCAGCUGUUGUUGAAGAUAAGUCACCAAAAGUCUAUAAAUCAGAAACUGAAAAUAACAGUAAUAAUGAAGCUGUUGCAAGCAGUAAUGAAAAUUCAGCUAGUGUUGAGGACGAAGCAGUUGUUAAUGAAAAAUCACCUAUAGUUGAUAAACCAGAAAUUGAAAAUAACAGUAAUGAAGAAGCUGUUGCAAGCAGUAAUGAAAAUUCAGCUAGUGUUGAGGACAAAGCAGUUGUUAAUGAAAAGUCACCUAUAGAUGAUAAACCAGAAAUUGAAAAUAACAGUAAUGAUGAAGCUGUUGCAAGCAGUAAUGAAAAUUCAGCUAGUGUUGAGGACGAAGCAGUUUUUGAAGAAAAGUCACCAAAAGUCGAUAAACCACAAACUGAAAAUAACAGUAAUGAUGAAGUUGUUGCAAGCAGUAAUGAUAAUUUAACUAGUGUUGAAGAUGUAGAAUUGAAUGAAGCAGAGUCGAACAAGAAUUUUGAAGGUGAUGUUGACGAAGACGAGCUUUUGAAAGAUACUGAAGAAAAUGAAAGUAGCAGCACUGUAACUGAUGCUAGUAAACCUGUCAACCCUACAUGUAAUGUGGACUCAACGGACGAUAACUACAAAAAGGCAACUGAACAUGAGAAUCUUUCAAAUACGGAAAGUUCAAAUGUAACAACGGACCAAGUACCCGAUAGUAGCAAUGAAAACUUGGGAAAUGCAGAAAUACAAGAUGCAGUCAGUUGUGAUGAAAAAGAAAGAAGUGAAGCAAAUGGUUGUACUAGCAAAAAUGAAGAAAAAACUGUAGAUCCUAUUGAAUUAACAGAUUCAAAUUUUAAAGAAGGGGAAACAUCUGAAGCCGAUACUGAUGUGACUUCUAGUAAUAUUGAAGAAGUUGAAAAAGAAAAAAAUGACAAAGCCAAAGAAAACUCCAUUUCCACUUCUGAUGAAAUUGAAACCACAAAUAAAAGCGUAGAGCAUGAAAAUUUGACCAUGGAUGCUGAAUCAAAAGAGGCUACAAACACUUGUCAUAUUAGUGAUAAUGUGAAUAAAAAUGAUAGUUUAGAUGGGACCAAAUUUUUACAUGUAGAGCAAGAGAAUUCUCGACCAGAAGAUUCAUUUGAGGAACCUGCAGGAGAAGAUCCGUUUGCUCAAACAUCAGAUGUAGCUAUGGAUACAUCGGAAACUAAUGAGAAAGAGGAUAAAUCAGAAAAAUCAGAUGCACCAGCAGAUGCAAAUGAAGCUGAUGUUAAAGAAACCCAACCGGAAGUAACCAUGGAGCUUUCAGAGAGUGUUGAAAAUAAAGAGGAAAAUGAUCAAUCAAAACCAGUCGAUGAGCCAAUGGAUGUUGACGAGAUAAUUUUGGAUUCCGAGGAAAAAAAUGAAACCGCUAGUGGGAAAACUACUGAUGAUGCUGAAAACAAGACUGCAGUAAGUGAAACUGGCUUAAGUGUACAAAAUACUGCUAAUGCCAAAGGCCUAAAAACCACUCCACCUACCGAACCUGAAUCGGGAAAUCAAAAUGAUAAAAGUGAAAGUGGCGGAAAUGGUAAUACAGAAGAAGAUGUUGUUAUGAUAGAAGAUGAUAGAGACAUUACAGAGUUAAGAGAUGUUACAAAGGUAGCAGAAACUACUACAAACGAUGUGAUGAACAAAGUACAUCCCCAUCCAACCAAAGCUGCCAAACCAUCUGGAUCUAGACACAGGAAAAAAAGUUCCUCAGAUAGUGAUAGUGAUAGUGAUAUUGACUUUCAAGAGUUGAAGUCUAAGGAAAAAGCUGUAAAACGAACCCCUAAAAGAAAUGCAGCGAAAAUUGCGGAAUCUCAAAUAAAGGUAUUGUCGCAGCUUGAUAAAGAGACAAAUGAAGACUCUAGUAGGCCUAUUAGUGUUGUUAAUUUCAACAAGUCGGAUCGUCCGUCUUCUGCUAGUCAGUCUACAGAAGGAACUCCCAACGAUGGUCCUAAAUCAUGUUUUACUUGUAAAAAGGUCGUGGAGAACCCAGUCGGCAUACCCUCAUUUGGUGAUAAGAAGAAGUACUUUUGUAACAACGAUUGUGUGGUUACUUUCCGUGAUGGACCUUCCAAGACAGCAGAUUGCGGAGAGAUCAUGCCUGUGUCAACUGUCAUGUCACAACUCAAAUCAGCUGACAUCCAGCCCAUGGACAGGACUGGGUUUGUACGCAAGUGCGCCAAGUGUACCAACGUUGUUAACGGAGACGAUGAAAGAACCCUUUCCUGGGAGACUAUGGAUUUCUGCAGUGAGGAGUGUUUAGGCAAGUAUCAAACUGAACUGGGCUCACAUUGUGCCAACUGUAAGGGGAACGUGCAACAGUCGAGUUUGGGAAAGUAUUGUGUGAGGUUCGGCUAUGAAGUGAAGCAGUUCUGUUGUUCCACUUGUCUGGAAGAGUUCAAGAAGGGUUUGAAGGUCUGCAGUUUCUGUCAGAAGGACAUCUCCAGCGGGGCCGAGGGGUUCCUGGCCCCCGUCGGAGACAAGGGCACGUUCAAGGACUUCUGCACGCCAGCCUGUAUGGAGAAGUAUGAGCAGAUGAGUAGCAACCAGAAUCCUCCUCCGCAGAUGUGUCCGUGUGCCGUCUGCAACGUGGAGAAACUGGUGGAGAUCGAAGUCUGCUACGACAACAAGGUCAACAAACUGUGCAGUGACAUCUGCUUUACUGCUUACAAGUUCGCCAACCAACUGUCUGUCGAUAGGUGUGAUAUGUGCAAGAAGUACUUUGACAAGGAAGCUGUGGGAGAGAAGUUCAACAUAUUUUAUGAAGGCGUUGCACACAACUUCUGCUGCAAGACGUGCAUGAACGUUUACAUACUAGCUAAACGAAAGAUCGUUCCUUGUAACUGGUGUAAGGUUAAGAAGUACAAUUUUGACAUGAUCAAGAGGGUGCAGAGCAACGGACAGGUGCUCAUGAUGUGUUCACUCAACUGUCUGACGUUGUAUCAGGUGUCGAUCAACGCUGUGUCAUCCAAGAGGAUCAAGUGUGACAUGUGCAACUCCGUAGCACAGGCUCAGUAUCAUCUCACCAUGAGCGACGCCACUAUUAGAAACUUCUGCACUUACCCUUGCGUCAUGAACUUCCAACAACAGUACAGCAAGACUCCUAUCACACUGCAGGGCAACGAAGGCGCUCCCAUACCUACUGGUGCUCCCAAAAGGGUCAUACCGAAAAGUGACUCAGGUGUGACCAGUCCAGUGAUCUCGUCUGUAACUUCGCUCGCUAACGGCCAACCAAUAUCAGCAUCCUCUUCAGCGAAAGCUAGUGGUAAGCUGAACCUGGUGGCCAGACUAUGUGAGCCACCCACGGUCCGUAACAAGUUCACACAGACACAACCCGUUGUCUGCACCAAGAGUGUCUCUUGUCGUCCACACGCUAACUCAGUCCACGUCCAGACUGACGACUAUAUUGGUAAAGCAGUCAUUCCAAUUCCAGUUCCUAUUUUUAUUCCGUGCCCAAUGGCCAUGUACAGCAUGCCUUUCCCAGUUCCAACACCCUUCCCCAUACCAAUCCCUGUUCCAGUGUUCCUUCCGACAACCAGGAACUCCAUCAAAGGAAUUAUGAAGGAAUUGAAGCGGAUACAAGAGAAAGUUCCUGACGAUCCGUUUGAGGCGGAACUGCUGAUGAUGGCAGAGAUGGUCGCGGAAGACAAGUCGCAGAAGGCCAGUUCGGACAGUGAGCCUGAGGCAGACAAUGACGCUGAUAAUGACGCACCUCCUUCUCCGUCUCACAGUGAUGCAGACGACGGUGCUGAAGCAGAGGUUGACGAGGAGAGUACGGGGAACACAGGAGUAGCGGAAGUAGAGGAGAAGGUGUUUACCCCUGAGCCAGAACCGGUGGAGAACAGUAACGCGUUUGGUGAAGACAUUGUACAGUUGGCGCUGAAGAUGGCGACAGAACUGACAACUCCGGCGAGUGGCGAAGACCUUGAGACACAGCUGCCUUCCAGCAACAUUCAACAGGAGAGUGAGGGUAACUCGAGUGAUACGCCCAAGAGGGAGACCAGGAGUAGGAAAAGAGCAGCUCCUGCUACGAGGUCCAAGAGAAACGACAGUUCCGAGCCAAAGAGGAAGAAGUCUCAACACAACUCGGAGACUUCAUCACAACCUUCUCCUACGGUCGGGGAAACUAAACCUGACGUCAACAUGAAGCUGAAGUACACGUUCGGUGUAAAUGCAUGGAAGACUUGGGUUACCCAGAAAAACGCUGAAAUUGAGAGGCUGAACGAGACUGCAAGUAAGAAACUGAAACCCUUCAAAACAGACAUGCUUCAGCUGACAUUGGACGAGCUCAAUUUUACUCUCUGUUUAUUCGUCAAAGAGGUGAAGAAACCCAACGGAACAUCUUACGCCCCGGACACUAUCUACUACCUGUGUCUAGGCAUACAACAGUUUUUGUUUGAGAGCGGCCGCAUCGACAAUAUCUUUACCGACCCGUACUUUGAAACUUUCACAGAUGCUUUGGAUGAGGUUGCCAAAAAGUUUUCUGAGCUGUUUAGUGAUCACCACUACAUUGUUACCAGAGUAGAAGAGGAACAUCUGUGGGAGAGCAAACAGUUAGGAGCUCACUCUCCACACGUACUGCUCAGUACACUCAUGUUCUUCAACACCAAGCACUUCAACCUCACUAGCGUAGAUGAGCACCUGCUGUUGUCGUUCUCCCACAUCAUGAAGCACUGGAAGAGGAACCAGAACCAGUCAGGAGCACCAGGUGGUAGACCGCCAGGCUCUCGCAAUGUACUGCUCAGGUUCUACCCUCCCCAGGCACUCAUUGACGAUCCAAAACUGAGAAAGAAGAAGGUUUAUGAACAGCAAGAGGAUGAAGAAAACCCUCUCAGAUGUCCUGUAAAACUUUACGAGUUUUACUUGUCUAAAUGUCCUGAAAGUGUGAAGAAUCGUAACGAUGUGUUCUACCUACAGCCCGAGCGUUCUUGUGUUCCGGACAGUCCAGUUUGGUACUCCACUAUGGCUCUACAGCGAGAGCCGUUGGAGAAGAUGCUCAACAGAGUCAAGAUGGUCAAAGAAAUCAACAUCGCCCUAUUAGUGCCGUGAACUCGUAUAAGUCUCAUAGACUAAGGUUUUAUCUCAACUGUAAACAUAGUUGCGGCAUUCACGUACAGUAUUUGGCAAAACUAUGUGCGACAAACUAAAAACUAUUAGCACAUCACUGUGUAUAUAAUUGUAAAGUUUGACCACACCUCCUUGAGCUACACAGUAAUGUAGCAGUUACUUGUGAUCGAUUCAUUGUAUCUAUAAAGUAAUUGUAUUUUUUGUAGUGUGAUAGUUGCAGGAGGGUUGUCGUAAUUCUGUAAUGAUUCCAUUGUAAAUUGAAGCAUCUUUAAGUUCUUAAUAUUUUAAAAUGUUAUUAUUUGUCAUUAACACAUUUUGUACGUA